AAGUGCAAGAGACACAAGAGACGCCAAAGCACGCCAAAGAUUCUCCAUACCGCUCCUUACGUCUCUUUAAGACCUUCGUCUCAAUAUAUUAAGUGUCGAUAUAUCAACCUUUGUAUGGUUUUACGCUGGUUUUAAUUCUCGUGUAUACCAUAUCGCGCGUAUAUUGCGAUAAUAUAUUGAUCGUGUUGCUGUAUGUUUGCAAAGUUUGGUAUUCACGUAACCUUCAAGAUAAAACGGAUACCGUAAAACGUCGAAAGUGAUUUAGAUACUUGCUGGCGGUACGAGAUUCAUAGAUAAAUAGUGUAAACCUAUUCUUAACAAUGGUAGGUCAUUUAUCUCUUAGUAGAGACCAUCACUCCAGUGAUCUUGUUGCAUCUUUACGAGAUAUUUUGGAAGAAAAUAGUCUGGUUGACUGCAUGAUCUCUUCAGAAGGCCAAUAUCUGAAGGUUCAUAAACUGAUUUUGUCUGCUUGCAGUCCAUAUUUUCAGGCAUUAUUUAGAGAAGAAACUGAUAAAUAUCCCAUUGUUCUUCUCAAGGAUAUUGAAUUUGAAUAUCUGAAGCUAAUUAUUAACUUUAUCUAUUGUGGGGAAGUGCAGGUAUUAGACACUCAAUUAAAUUCCUUUUUAGAAGUUGCUAAGUUUUUGCAAAUCAAAGGGUUGAAUGCCAGCAGUAGAGAAUGCUCCCCAGAAAGAAUGUUUUCUGAACAUCCAGGGAGCACAAGCAUACAAGGAAAUGAAUCAGAUGAAAUACAGGCUACUAAUGAAAUUGUUGUUCAUGAUGAUGAUGAUUGCCAAGUUAUUGAUUUACCUGGUGCCUCAGCAUCUGAAGUACAUGAACAGCCUUGUGCAGACAGUGCAGAAAGAUCUUUGAUGAUUACAGAUGAAUCCACUUUUAGUUUGGCUCUUCAAGGAAAUAAAGUGCCAGCAUCACAAGAUUUUAUAAGAUCCGCAGAUCAGGAGUGGCAUUCACGACCUGUAUCUCCAGUGUCUAUUACAUCUAUUACAUCUGUCAAAACAGAGCAAUUAGUUGAUGGUGAGGAAAUCAGUGGCCACAGCAGGACGUGUUCUGAAAAUGAAAAUUUGAAUGAGCAUAUGGAGUGUGUUGAUUCGGAUGAAGUUAUUCAAGCUAACGAUACUCGGAAACUCGAUAAUUGUCCAUCUGUGAAUGCUGACUCGGAGAAAGAAGUAGAAAAUACAUCAAUUGUUCAACGCAGCAAUUCAGCUGGAAAGCGGGCGAAGGCGUCCCAUUCGAGAACGAACGGGAAGAAAAAAGGGUCAGCGCCGCCCGCCAAAAGAGAGGUAAGGAGCAGAGCGACGACUCCGGCCCCGGCCCCGGUGGGAGAGAGCGGCGGCGCGUCUGGGCCGGAGGAGGAAGAGAAGGGGCGGGAAGAGCAGAGGGAGGGGCGGCGCCCCGCAUCCGCCCCGCCUCGCUCCCAAUCCGACCGGCGCGGACGCUACACAUGCGCCGAGUGCAACAAGAGCUUCGAGUUCCGCUCCUGGCUCAAGGUGCACCUCCGCCGGCACACGGGCGAGCGGCCGUACACCUGCCCGGAAUGUCCGCAGACGUUCGCCAUCGCGCAGAACCUCAAGCUGCACAGGGUCACCCACUCCACCAAACGGCCGUACAAGUGCCCGCACUGCGACCAGCACUUCGCGCUGCUGCAGCGUCUCAAGAGCCACCUCAAGGUGCACACGGGCGUCAAGCCGUUCAAGUGCUCUGUUUGCGGCUACUGUACCGCCUACUCGAGCGACCUCAUCCGUCACAAGCGGGUGCACACGGGCGAGCGGCCGUACAAGUGCCCCGAGUGCGACUACGCUGGCAUGUGCUCCACGCACCUCGUGGCGCACCGGCGCACGCACGAGCGCGCGCGCGAGCAGGCACAGGAGCAGGCGCGCCUGCGGGCCGAGGCCAAGGCCCGGGCGGCGGCGCAGGAGGCCAAUGCGACCUGU